UUUAACUUCCAAAACAUACCAAAACAGAAACUAACUGUUUAAUUCUUAAAAUAAUCAAAAUUAGCAUCUAACUACAAAUAUACCAAAUUUAAUCCGAAUAUGUUAGGAAAGUACACUAAUUUUAGGCCUAAAUCAAUGAGUUUUAAAUUAGAAACGCCUUUCGCACGCACAAAAAAGAGAAAAAAAAUUCCCAAAACAAGAGCCCCUCGUAUUGUUAAAAACCAUUUGAUUUCAUUAGACCUUUUUUUAGCGGUGCAUGCUUAAAAACCCUUCUCUUUCUCCACCUUUUGCUCAACAAAACAGAUGUAAACAACAAUCACCGCUUAUUCUCCUUUUUGUUCAUAUCAUUCUUUGACAACCAGAACCACUUAAUCCCUUUGAAUUUUCCUUUACCCUUCCCAUCUGUCAUUCCAAUCAUCUUUUUGUACUAAAUAGUUUUUUAAACAUUGUUCCCGCUUUCCGUAGCUCUGGGGUUUUUUUUUUUUUUUUUUUAUUGAGAUCGAGCUUGUUUAACUUUCAAGCAAGUUGUUUUUAGUUAGGGUUUAUUUAUAUUCACUGUUUGAUGGAAGGAAUGGAUCCAGCAGAGCUUCGCCGGGUGUUUCAAAUGUUUGAUAAGAAUGGAGAUGGCAAGAUCACAAAGAAAGAGCUUAACGACUCGCUAGCGAACUUGGGAAUCUUUAUUGCUGAUAAAGAAUUAACCCAAAUGAUCGAAAAGAUUGAUGUGAAUGGAGAUGGUUAUGUGGAUAUUGAUGAAUUUGGUGCAUUGUAUCAAACGAUAAUGAAUGAGAGGGACGAGGAGGAGGACAUGAAGGAAGCAUUUAACGUCUUCGACCAAAAUGGAGAUGGGUUCAUCACGGUUGAGGAGUUGAGGUCGGUUUUGUCAUCUUUGGGGCUGAAGCAAGGAAGAACUAUAGAGGAUUGCAAGAUGAUGAUAAAGAAGGUGGAUGUGGAUGGCGAUGGAAUGGUCAAUUUCAAGGAGUUCAAGCAGAUGAUGAAAGGUGGUGGCUUUGCUGCCUUGAGUUCAAGUUAAUAUAUAUAUAGAGUCAAAAGAAACGUUAUAGGAUAAUGAAAAAAAAAUGAAUUUGCAAUGUUUUCUAUCCAAAUUGUUAUUAGUUUAAUUAAUUUCUAAUUUGGUCAUGAAUUAUUGUUCAGUUUGUCUAGGUGGAAAUGGGGUUUAAUUCUUCCUUUAUGAUUCAUAUAUUCAUGAUUUUGAUGCACUAAUUUGUAUUACUUGAGCUUUGAAAUUAAAAUAUUUGGUAGAUAUUUGUUUUGCACUGGAGACUUGUAUUAGUAGCCCAUUAUUGAGGUUUAGGCUUCUCGUUCAUCAACUCCUAGCAUCAUAUGUGGCA